UGAUCCUGUCCCUAGCCUCUCUGAGCUUACUCGGAUUUAGAAUGAAAUAACUUUUGAUUUUCUUUUAGUAGAUACCCUGAAGUGUAGGAAUCCAUAAGUUAUUUUUCCAGGUUUGGGUAAAAUCAAUUUUUAUGGCAGGUUAUAGUGGCGCCAUCUAGUGAUUUUAAAGUUGCAGGGUGAUAAUCUUAAUUAAUUUUUUUUUCAGCCAAACCUAAUUUCAUAUUUAUUUUUUUGCUUUUUCCUUAGAGACUACUUCCUAAACUAUGCAUUUGAAUUUUUAGGUGAUCCUGGAAGGUCAUUUGAUGGGUCAUUUUGCCUCAAAUAUACAGAAGCGGCACCUAUAAUCAAGGGUCUACCUUAUAAAGUUUUUUAUUCUGAGGCUGUUAUGGUAGAUAAAAUUGUUAUUAUUGGUGUAAUAAUUAGAACCAUAAAGGGGACAUAUGAUGCAGUAUCAAAUUAAUAUAUGUGGGACAUGGGAACUUUAGAAAAAAUUUUUUUUGUAAAAGUGGAAGAAAUUUGACAAAAUAUCAGUUUUUACAUAUUACCAAAUACAUAUGCUUUUUUUAUUUCUAAGGUAAUCCUUAUAUGAUGUAACAAGUACAAACAAAUACAUUUUGAUUUUUGAGAAUAUGAAUGAAGUAAUUGUAGGGCUGAAUUUUGGUUUUGGCCCAUUAUUAUUAUUUAAUUAUUCUGUGUUUGAUAUACACCCCUUAUUAUAUCAAAGACUCAACUUCUGGAAAUACAACACGGUACUUAAUGAAUGUAUGAAAAGCUUUUCCUGAGUUUCUUUGUAUUAAUAGAGUAUAACAUCUAUUAAUCAUAUCAUUUCCAUAAGUGUGCACUUUUAGAAUAAAUUAUAUUUUAUUUUACAGGUAAUUUUUGCCAGAAACAUUUUGUAUAAAAUUAGAGCUUCUCAAAAGAUGUAUCUACACUUUUCAAAUAAAAAAUGAUCCUUCAAUCUAUCCCACCCAAAUGGAGUUAGAUCUAAUUUUAUAUUAUAUUUAUACCAUCAUAAGUUAAUAUCAAACUCAAAACUGAAACUCCUGUUAAAAGCCAUGGCAGCUAAUUUUGGGGUAAUUUACAUCUUAUUAGCAUGAAGGUUGUUUAAAACAGUAAUCCUCUAUAAUUGACUUAUUGACUAACCUCUGUUUUUGUAUUUAGUAUAUAUUUGAGACUACAGAUGAACAUGUAUUGAAUUGGUGGAAACAAAAUUAUUAAAAUGUGAUUAAAGUAAGUAAGCUUAAGGUUUAUUUAAGAUAUAAAGAUUGCUCAUCUUCGACAAAAUAGAAGAAUUAAAAUUAUGAUCACUUAGAAUGAUUCAAAUUAUUUCUAAUAUAGAAUGUAAGUUGGUGUCUAGGAAAAUAAAACAUAUGAUCACAUCCAGCUUUUCUUUGAAAGUCAAAUUUCCUUGCAUAUGGAUUAACGAAUUAACGUUAAAAACUAAAAUGAACCCAGUUACAUGAUAAACUAUGCAUGAUCCUGAAUUGUGACUGUAUUUUUGAGACCCAGAGAUUGAAUAUUUUAAAAUCACUAACAAUCUAUUUCUUCUCCAGUUACCUUCCUAAAUGGCUUCUAUAAACUUUGAAAGAGGAAAAUGUAUUAUCUGCCAAGAUGAUUUUAAAGACAGUAACAGCAAUGUUGUCAAGCCAACUGUGGGACAAGCAAGAGGUGUUGCAACCUUGCUUAGAAUAAGCAAAAUGAAAGAUGAUGAAGUUUAUCAACGUAUGAAAGUAGCCAAACUUGAAAACGCACCUAUUCUAUAUCACAUGAACAAUGCUUGCUACAGAGUAUACACCCAAAAACGGCAUACUGAAGAAACCAUUGAAGGAAUGGUUGGAAACACACCUCAUUCCUCAACAGCACAACCCAAACAAAUGAAAUGUUCCCUUCCACAAAGGAAUGAAGAAACUGAAACUGAUACUGAAAAAACCAUUGAAGGAAUGGUUGGAAACACACCUCAUUCCUCAACAGAACAACCCAAACAAAUGAAAUGUUCCCUUCCACAAAGGAAUGAAGAAACUGAAGAAACUGAAACUGAUACUGAAGAAACCAUUGAAGGAAUGGUUGGAAAUACACCUCAUUCGUCAACAGCACAACCCAAACAAAUGAAAUGUUCCCUACCACAAAGGCCCUCUGUUGAAGCUGUUGAUGUACCUAAAUACCAGAAUGUUUGUAUAUAUUGUAAUCAGGUCACAAAAAACAAAACAUAUGAAAAAUCCCGAAUUUCUGAAGAGAAGAAAGCUACCGAGUUUCUUGUACAAACCCAACACUUAAAGGAUGAAGUGUAUACCAGCACCUGUCACCUCACUGAUGUGAAAGGAGUGAUUGAAGCUGAUCUCUUAUACCAUAACUAUUGUUACAAACAAUACAGCCAUAAAUACCAGAAAAGUACUGAUUCAAAUUCUCUUCAUGAUAAAUCAAAUAUGUAUGAUGUAUUUAAUGAUGUCAUCAAUGAAAUUCAACAAGACUUGAAUACAGGAAAAGCCUCCUCUGUAUCAGAGAUUUGCAAAGAGAUCGGUGACCGCCUUCGACGUAGCCCUGUUCAAGGGCAACUUGUCACCAAAUAUUUGCGUAAGCGAUUUGGUGAAGAUGUCACAUUUAUAAAGCACAGCAAGAGGCAGUCUCAGGAUUUUCUUCUGGCAAGCAAGAUAGAUGCUGUAAAAUUGGUAAUUAAUCAUUUAUAAUUUAAAAGUACUUAUUCAGUGUGUCAAAUAAGUCCCGUCCCCCCCUCUACAGCCAAGACCUUAAUAGAUGGUACCUAGUGUGAUAUACCAUUGGAAAGAUCAUCCAAAGUUACGUUAACUCACCAACUCUCAAGUAAUUUGGAUGAAAGGACAGGUGGCGGUAAACCCCUCUUUUAGCCCCCCUACAAAACAAGUAUAUAUUGACAUGGAAUUGAAGAGGAAGUAUGACUCAUUACUUAAAAUGUGAUUUCUGAGAGUUUUGACAUUUGACCUUGACACUAGGGUGGUUUAAAGGUCAACUUUGAGAGUUGCUAUUUUUGUCAAAAUUUUUCUGUUUCUAAUCCAAGAAAUGAGAGCAAUUGGCUUUAUUUUGAUUGUGACUGAUAAAAAGACAUGUGAAUAGAAAUAAAACUUUUUUUAAUAAAUUAUCACGGGCAAUUACCUGAAAAUCUUGAGAAUAAAUACCGAUAUGGGCAUCUUUA